ACCGCUCGUCGUGCUUAUGUUUUCGCUCGAUUUCCAUCCUCAUGUGAGAGAGAGAGCGAUUGUUCGAAACCAUUGUUCUUCGGUGGAAGCAUAAACAAAAGGACGAGAUUUCCUGGAGGAAUAAAGAAAAAGGAGGGGGAACAAAGAAGAAACGGAGUUACGAAAAGGGGGAAAGUGGGAAGACGGAUGAAGUAGGGAUACAACGGUGUACAGUGUGCUCUCUCGCGUUUAAUUUUUCAACGAGCCGAGUGAACGGCGCCACGAUUGGUCAGACCGGGUCGCGAGGAACGUACGGAUUUUUCGUCGCGUUCGCAGAUUCUCAUGCAAGUACGUGGUAUAAGCGAAUUUGCCGCGGUCGAUGCACUCAAAAGCUCGCUCGGGGGAGUCGAGUGACACGUACAUGACACCGUGAGGACCGUGGCACAGUCGAUUCGAGUAAUCGAGCGUCGAAUCGAGCGUUGAACCACCAGCCUGGCCACCCCUGCCUCCUAACGAACCUGUAUCAACCUAACCACGACCUUUCUUGCCAGACGUGGAUUUGUUUUCGUCGCAGAUUAAUCCUGGGGCCGCGCGCACACACAGUUGUAAUUGGAAAAGUGGGCCAGCGUGGAACGGUCGGCGCGGCUUAAUCAGAAUGAAAUCUAAGAAGUCCCGAGCAACAAUGGCUUUGUGAUGCCCGAAGGAGGACCGUCGGCGAAAUGAAAGCCCCUGAGAAACAAUGGAAGCGUCCACGCAGGCAUGACGGCCCCAUUCAGAUUCGCAGACGGCAUGCUUAGUGGCGGCCAAAGGAGACGCUCAAGUUUCUAGUCGACGAAGGGAGGAUCCACUAGCAGUAGCGAGAGAGAAACGGAUAGUGGCAUGAUAGGGACAAGGCACCACCCUCUGCGAGGGCGCAUCCUGCUGGCCCUCUUUUUUCUACUCGGCACGCUUGCCCUGCUCUCGAAAGCGGCUGCGUUCCCAGACUGGACCGAUUGUCCAGCCGUGUGCCGUUGCAAGUGGACGUCCGGAAAGAAAUCCGCCUUAUGCCCUGACGCCGGUCUAACCUCACUCCCAGCCUCACUGGACCCUGACAUGCAGGUGCUCGACCUGUCCGGGAACAAGAUUCCCGCGUUACAGUCGGAAAUCUUCAAGCGUUCCGGCCUGCUGAAUCUGCAGAGGGUCUUCUUGAGGAACGCCGGCAUCCACAAGAUCCACGCCGACUCGUUCAGGGACAUGAGGAUCCUGGUAGAGAUCGACUUGUCGGAUAAUCACGUGGAGAUGCUCGAGCCAGACACGUUUCUGGGCAACGAAAGACUGAGGAUCUUAAUUUUAAGCGGAAAUCCAUUGACGCGGUUGAGAAGCCACCAGUUCCCGCUGCUGCAACACUUGAGAAACUUGGAGUUGCAGAGGUGCUCCCUGUCCGAGAUCCACGGGGAAGCGUUCGUUUAUCUGACUGGUUUGGAGUCGUUGAGGCUAGACCAGAACGUCCUCGAGUAUCUAGAGGUGUCGGUGAUAUCGAAUCUGCCACGUCUAAAAACUCUCACGUUAGACGGGAACCAGUGGAGCUGCGACUGCAGGCUCAGAGACUUCCGGACUUGGUUGAUCCCCAAUGGACCCAGCAAAUUGUAUUCCGUGCCUCAAGUGUGUUCAUCGCCGACGAGACUAGAAGGUCGUAAGUGGGAGGACGUGAAACCUGUUGAGUUCGCCUGUGAGCCAGAGGUGUUCGUUCUUGCGAGCAGCAUCCAAGAGGAGACGAACGGAAAUUUGAGCCUCGCCUGUUUAGCCACCGGGGAUCCGGAGCCCGAGGUUUGGUGGCAAUUGAACGGAGGCCCGGUGAACGCGACCAAGCUGACCGAGCAGAUUUACUCGGGGACCUACGUAGCUUACGUGUCCGACGUCGACACGGCGUACAACGAACGAUCCUCCUCGCCAUCCGGUAAACUAGUCGACAGGUGGAACAACCUGACCGUCUACAACGCGAGUGACGGUGACGCCGGGGAGUACUCUUGUUUCGCGAAAAAUAUCGCCGGCCUGGCCAGGGAUACGGUCAGCGUAGCGAUCCCGCGUGUGUAUACGGCGCCCACGCUCUCCCAGAGCGACAACUGGUUGCUCUGGGUGAGCCUGGCCGGCGGUGGAGCGGCCGCGUUGUGUGCUUCCAUUUCCGCGGUCCUUUUAGCGCUGUGCGUGUGCGGCGGGACCCGGCGGCAGACCGCUCGCGAAAAGGUGAAGCUUCAGAGCAGCACCAGUUUCGGCGACCAGGAGAAGAAGCUCCUUGACCUGUCCGUGACCACGACCACGCCUGGGAACAGCAACGAUCGGGGCAGCGGCCACGGGAGCAUAGUGGAGGGUUGCAGCACGGGCGACCUGGAACUGGCCGAAAGGGGAUCCAUUUGCGAUCCUAUGAGCGCGGCAACCGUCACCGUGGAGAGACUGCAUCCGGAGAUGAGCGGCGGCCCCGUGAACGCCAUGAGAACCGUGCCGUGCGUGUUCCCGCCACCGCCGCCAGAGUUCACCAGCGGUGUUCUACCGCCCGGAAUAUUCGGGAACAUAUUCAUAUCCGUGGCGGUGCCGCAAGACGCCUCCGAUCGUUGUUACCCCGACCUUCUGGACAUUCCAGUUCACGCCACCGGCGGCGUGGUGAGCAAAACGACCACGGCCCUUCCGCCGGCAACCAGCGUCUCCAGUUUCGCCACGCUGCCGCGACGAGCGCUGCGCUCCACCGACCUCUGCUCGCCUUACGACAAUAUGGGGCCCCGUGUCACGGCUAACGGGAGCUCCGCGUUCUCGCUCACCGACGUGGACCUAAGAUUAUCACCGCCUCCGCCACCGCGAAUCAUUCAACCGCCUCACGAGUUCGUGUCUCUGUAAGGUGACAAGUCCACGGCAUUCGAGGGAAAUAGUCGGUAUACUUGUUCGAAAGCUCGUCCGUCGCUUCUUCCUUCCCACCCCUCUCCUCCUUGAACGUACACAACAACCGUCGUACUCAGUCGCGUGUGUCCUCUUCUCUCCCUUGUUCGUUGUGUUCGUCGUUGAUAGUACUUCACACGUAUUCGCAUUUUAUACAGUGAGCCGUGUGCCUACCAGGUGAAACACGAGGCGAGGUGAUGUUGUUUCGAUAUACAGGAAUUGUAUAAUCUUGAGAAAGGUAAAAAAAGAAAAAGAUGUUUGCAAUUUUUACUGGUUGGCUUGCCUAUAGAGCUCGUAGUUUGAUUUUUAUCGCCUGUGAUACUCGUCGUUAUUUUAUUCAUUCAUUCUUCUUCUUCUAUUCGUUUUUUUUUUUUUUUUGGAAUAAUUUUUCGAUUCGCAAGAAUGUUUGAUAUGAUAGAAUAAACACGGAAGACCAAUGAUCCUGUUGCCAAAUGUAAGUUAAGGUAA